AUGUCCGUCGGUGCCUCGCAAAUCCGCCUCAAGAUCUCCAACGCAUUCGGCGUCACAAACCUCCCCAUUACCGCUGUCACCGUCGCGCUACCAGUGAACGGCAGCGCAGGCGUCCACCAAGUUCAGCCAUCGACACUGCAAAAAGUUACUUUCUCUGGCAAAGAUGGGAUCUCCAUACCCAACGGCGCCCUCGCCGUCUCCGAUCCUUUGACCUUCAAAAUCAAACCGCAGAGCAUGCUCACCGUCUCGAUCUAUCUCGAAAAGGGCCAGACAACGAACAGCAUCACAUCCCACCCGGGUAGUCGCACAACCUCAUACUGGCAGUUCGGAAAUGACGUCUCUUCCUCUUCCCUCGCCGUCACAAAUACCAGCACACAGUCCGCAGCGCACUGGUACUUCCUCUCCGCCGUCGAAGCCUGGGUUCCACCCUCCUCGGGCACGUUGGCCAUCAUAGGUGACAGCAUCACCGACGGUCGCGGCAGCGAAACCGACAAGAAUAACCGCUGGCCCGAUCUGCUCCUUGCGCGCCUGCAGAAGAACCCCUUUACCUCCCGCAUCGCCAUCGCGAACCAAGCUGCAGGUGGAAACCGCGUGCUGGCAGAUGGUUUGGGACCGAAUGCGCUGGGACGCGUGGAGAGGGAUGUUUUGUCCCACCCUGGGGUGCGGUAUGCGAUGGUGUUUGAGGGCGUGAAUGAUAUCGGGAGUGCGGAUGCUACCUCUGCAGCUCAGGGAGCUAUCUACGAGGGGCUGGUGCAAGCAUAUGAGCAGAUUGUCACCCGGAUACAUGCCUUUGGGAUUCCUGUGUUUGGCGCGACGAUCACGCCCUUCUCCGCUCCUGCCAACUUCACGGGGCAGCCGUAUAGCGACCCCGAGAGGGAGAAGACACGGCUGCGGAUUAACACAUUCAUUAGAGAAAGUGGAACUUUCGAUGCCGCGGUGGACUUUGAUAAGAUGCUGGCGGAUCCGAAGAUUUCUAGCCAGCUAAAGGACGAGUACGAUUCAGGAGACUAUUUGCACCCUAAUGUCAAGGGGUACCAGAGACUGGCGGAUUUGUUUCCAGUGGGUAUUUUUGCGGCUUGGGAGCAGGGUGCGGAUGAGUUUGUGUAG